CCAGUCCCAGUAGGAUCUAGUCUCAGCCCAGACUGGGACCUAUGACUGGGACCAUAGCCUGUAUGACUCGAACUAUAAACUGGGACCAUAGAGUGGGACGCACUCGUUUCUUCUGAUUAGUGUUACCAUGGAGAGCGUUGCUAUGUGACGCUUUAUUGUAUCCUGGAAGUCGCUGUUUGUUUCUGUUAGCCCGUUAGCUGGGCAGAGAAAAAUGGAGGAUAGCCUUCAGUUUGGAGAUUCUGGAGCGAUGAAAAACGUCGUGAAAUCUGGACGAAGAGCACGGCUUGCUGCUGACCAAUCAUCGUUUGAGGAUUCUCGUCACGGGAGGAAGUCCUCCACCUCAGCUACUAUAGGAGAAGGCCCACCUCCAAAACCUGCCCGGCGUCAGGGUGGCUGGGCAGAAGACAGCUCUGGGUCUGGUUCUGCCAAAUCCUCGAGAAGACCUGCAGCUGAAGACCUGGAAGACCGCCGCCUUCGACCACAAACACCCCAGGGAUCAGAUGAUGAAGGAGAUAUUCCGGUGAUUCCAGACCUGGAUGAAGUGCAGGAAGAGGAUCUCACCAUGCAAAUUGCAGCUCCACCAAUUGUCCAGGUGAACCGGGUAAUGACCUACAGAGAUCUGGACAAUGAUCUGAAGUAUUAUUCAGCGUUCCAGACCUUAGACGGAGAGAUUGACUUGAAGCUCCUCACCAAGGUUUUAGCACCGGAGCAGGAGGUGAAAGAGGAUGAUGUGCGCUGGGACUGGGAUCAUCUGUUUACAGAGGUGUCCUCAGAGCUGCUGAUGGAAUGGGAUCAAGGAGAGAGUGAGGAGCAGGCUGGUUGCCUGUAACUUGAGGAGAGGGUUUGGAAUUGGACUUUAAAUGGCUCCGGUGGGAACUGGGUAAAAAUCCUUUAAACAAAAGGGACAAUGACUUUGGCUAUGUUAUCUUUAAUUACUCUUUGUUGUGCAGAAAUUAUUUUUGUAGAGUGCUUCUUCGUUUUCGUUUUUUAAAUAAAGUUCACAGUGAGGUUAA